AUGAGUGGUUCAAUAACAGGUGUUCAAAAACGAAUUUGUGAUAUUGUGCCCAACGCUACGUUUGUUCAUUGCUGUUCCCAUAAUAUAAAUUUAGUUUUAUGUGAUGCUGCUAAAAGUUCAAGGAAAAUACAAUCAUUUUUUGAUAGUGUGCAAGACAUUUAUAAUUUUUUUAGCUCAAGUUCACCAAGAUGGGCUCAGCUAGCCUUCGGUGAAGAGUACGGGAUGAAAAUAAAUAAAAUAACUUUAAAAAAAGUGUGUCCUACUCGGUGGGAAGCAAGACAUAAUGCUUUAUUUUCAUUAAAACAUAGGUUUGUUGAUGUUUUGAAAGCUCUUUCUAAUAUCAAGCUUUCAAGUUCCAAAAAAGAUGAAAUAAAUAUGGUUACAACUUUAAAAAAAAAAAUGGAAAAUGCUGAAUUUGUAAUUAUCCUAUGUAUAUGGGAACCCAUUUUAAAAUCUUUAUAA